AUGAGUAAUCUCGAAACCAGAGGCGUCGUGUUGAAACGCCAGCUCAGCGAUGGAGGAAUCGCGGGUGUUGUUGUUGGUGUUAUCGUGGGCAUUGCGCUUGUUGUUCUUUGCUCGUAUCCCUUUAUCAUCCGCCGCAUCAGACGCCGAAAACAAACAUCUCUCCACGGCCCCCCUCACACGAACGACCUAGAGAUUUGCGAAGUUCCAGCAACUGGAGCCCCAGGGAUAGAUGAUAAUCAACGCCGCCUGUCCUCACAAGACUCUUUCAAACCUUCAGCAGAAAAUACGCGUGGGGGAGUUGAUGGAUCUGUCAAAGACUUGAAUUGGACAGCCCACGAUGGAUUUUUGCAGCAAACCAAUGGACAAGGUCAACCGGACUACGUUCCUCGAAUCGACACAAAUUAUGGCUUUGGAAAUGCUCAGCCAACUGCCGCCGACGACUCAAUACCGCGCUCAGCACCGUUCGGCUCCGAUGAGAAUCAUCAUGAAGAGUACAUGCCGCAGUCUAUUGGUGAUGCACCCCGUGCUGUUCUUAAUGGGACCAGUGCGGAUUACUAUAGCCCAUCCGUCCCCUCGGAGGCAUUUGGCAUGUAUUCGACUGAGGAGCCCCGACCUCAGCCUGAACGCUCAUGGUCGCAUGGGAGCUCCUUGAGAUAUAAUUUAAAACAUAUGUUUAGUCGCAAGAGCACGCGCGACCAGUCUCUUAACUCACCAACAUCGCAAUCCCUGGCUGAAAACCUCGAUAGCGUACCCAGAGCACAGGAUGGAAGUUUUCAACGGAUCACUACAGCAGGACGACCGACCGAGUCUCCUACUGACAUGACUGCUCCGGCGACCGAUUCUUUGCCUGUACCUUCGGCUACCCAAGCCUUGGGCUCCCCGAUCGCUUUACCAUCUACCCUGCCAAAGGGGGCUGUGCAAAGUCCCCCAGAUUCCCCACCGAUCACUUUCAACUUCAACGCGUCCCAAUCCCCUCCUAGCCAUCCCGCUCCUGGUACCGUGAAUCCCAUGGAUAUCAUGCCUGCAUCGACAGAAACCGAAGUAUGGCACAGGAACGACUACCAAUUAUAUGUAUCGCAAUCCUCACCUAACCAGCCACCCCCCUCGGCAGGGCCUGCCACGCAUGAAGGACCUGUGGACUCGCCGUCGCCGUUAGCCCUCCCUCCUAGUGAUCCUCAACCCCAGCCUGUGCCCAUAGUUCACUCACCUACACCGACCCAGAGUCAAAUAGCGUUUAAAACGGAGGAGGUCGAUGACAAUCAGGAUAUCUCUAUGUCUGAAAUUCCAACGGCCAACCGCUUGAGUCCUCUACCCGACAGUAGUAUUCGACACCCCAGCUAUCCCUCUGAUGCGUCUACCCCCUUGCCUGGACCGGCAUUCACCAACCCUUCAUCGCUCAGUACACCUGCGACACAGCUUGAUACCCCUUCACCUCAUUCUGGUACAUCUUCCGACUACCGACAUAGUGUGUCACCAGGAAACACUGUGAGCAACCCGUCACCAAGCAAUGGUUCACACGCAUGUGAUGAACCUGGCUGUAACCAGGUGUUCGACCAGCCGCACAAACUCAAGUAA